AUGGUCAGCCAAUCAUCCGGAGAAGACCACGGUCGAUCAGCUCUUGGGGCGAAAUCCUGGCCGACGCCUUGGACGCUGGCAGCUGUAGAUGAGUGUUCCGAUUGGGAGAGGCAGACGCACUCGAAGUCUUGGAACCGGGCCAUGAAAUUUGCGCUGCGGCACUGGUCCCACAAUGGGACAAAGACGACAAAGGAGGUCGCCAACCAGCCAUCAGGGCCAGGCUCCAGCUUGUGGGCGACCACCCCGGUGAGGAAGUUCCUGCGCUUGAACUUCAACUCACUACAGAUCCGCAGCUUCCUAGAUGUGCCCUGCGGUGAUAUGACGUGGAUGCCAGAGGUAAACCUCACAGGUGUGGACUACAUUGGCGGUGAUCUGUCAUCCGCGCUGGUCGCGAGCCAUCUGAAAAGGUUCGCUGACGACCCACGCUUCGCAAACAAGUUCGCGCAGUUCGACAUCACCUGUAUGGUUCCGCCGCCAGUAGACAUGAUACACACCCGAGACGUGCUCAUGCACAUUGACACGGACUUGUCGUUGAAGGCUCUGAAAAACUUCGAGCGGAGCGGCUCCAAGUACCUCGUGCUUCCGCACUGGCCCUUCUCCAAUGGAUCAACGAAUGAGUACCAUCCCAUGAAGUUCGAGCAGGCCUACCAGUUGGUGCAUGACCUCGACCCCCAAACGUCCCAAGUCAUCGGCUACCACGAGUAUAACCUUGAGCUGCCACCCUACUGCUUUCCUCCAGCCCUCUACUUCAUUCGCAACACGGCCAUAACCGAGCAGAACGGAUAUCUUGGCGUAUGGGCAUUGCCAGCACUGCGGCGUGGGAAACGACCAGAAUGUCUGGCGAACACACCAUGGCUCGAGAAAGUCUGCGACAGCCGCUUCAAUUGCUUUGACACGCUGGAGGAGAGGCGGAGCUGCUUGGCGGGAAGGAGUGAGCCAUCCUCCUGCUGUCAGGCCUUGCAGCUGAUUCAGCGGUUGCACAAGCUGGACACUGGGGGGUUCCAGCUUACGAGGCCGAAGGAGGUGCGUGCUUUGUGCUUGGACUUCUUGCGCCUGCCACGAGGGUCAGUUGCAGCUGAGAAACAGCUGGCGACAUGCUCGCGUGCUGUGCUGGCCAUGGCGGCUUUUGACAACGAGGGCUUCUCGGCAAAAGCUACAUCAAGUUCAAACUUGCUUAGCCAGUAG